AUGGCUGGCCCAGUUGCUGCAGGGCUGGAGCCGGUUCUGUCAAAAAUCCUCAGCGAUGGCCAAGCUACGUCGCCUCCGCUGGAGACCCUGGCUGCUACGGUCCUCAACGAGUGCAGCACGCUAGCGGAGGUUUCUGUGGGCUCGUAUCGGCGCAAGGGUGCAAGUCAGAAGACCGCUGCGGCCAAUCCACCGGCGCAGCUGCGAUGGGGAUACGCCUCCAUCACGAAAACAGUGGUGGGAGUGGUGAUGCAGAUGCUCAUGGCCAAUAGCAGUCUACCUGAAAUUGGCUGGAGACUUGGAGCGAAAGCAAGGCUCCGUGGGCUCUUAGUGACGGCCCUACAGUGUUUGUGUGCUGUCGCGCGUGUUUGCCACAUGAGGAAUGACAAGCUCAGCCAAUGGUUGCCAGAUUUGGCGCCCGGCACGGACUUCGAGAACGCCUCCCUCCUGGACGUGGCCUCGCACAGCGCCUGUCUUUUCCCCGAUGGCGCGCCGUGGACUGCUGAGGGAACCGCGGCACUGUGGAGUGCGUGGAGUCGUGGAAUCGUUGCAUACCGUGAAGUCUGGGUGAACAACACCUUGCAAUACGGGGCGCUGGGCAACUGCACGCCAGAGCUCAAUACCGUACACAACUAUGUCCACGUUGACGGUGUGCAGGUCUUGGCAUUGAUCGAAGAGAGGAUCUCGGGCAUGGAUUUCGGCACCUUGGCGAAGACUCUCAUCUUCGAUCCGCUCCACAUGAGCACGGCAGAGGUCGUUGACGCGAAUCCCGCCGGAGGGCUCUGGGCUCCUCUAAGUGAACUAGGAAUCUAUGGCCAGUGGCUGGUCCAAGGCUACAACGGACGACCUGAGGCUUUGGCCAAGACUCUCUUGAAACAGCAGGACUUCGUGGACUUGCUUUCGCCCAUUCAAAAGCACGGAGUUCUGCUGGGGACGGGUCGCACCUUUGCAGUAUGGUCUGACUGGAAGACCGGUGAACCUCGGGCAGGCCACGGCGGCUGUUUGGGUGCGUAUUUGGAGCUUCAACCAACGCAGAACUUGGUUCACAUCGUGGCCUUCUUUCCGGAAGAUGCAGACUGGGUGGUGAGCUGUGAUACGAUGGUGCCCCAAACGGGAAACCUCUGGGCAGCACAGGCCAGCAUCAGAGAAGCCUUUGAGGCUUGCCGCCAGAGACCCGCGCAUCUAUGCGGCAGCAGUCCGGUGGCAACGUCGCUGUCUUGUGAGAUCACCGAAACAUUCACUUUAGAUGAGAACACGUUGGACGCACCGUACAAGAAAAGUAGUUGCAAAGAAGAAGACCUCACUUCGUUCGUGAAAGGACUCUUGGACACGUACCGUGCUGUGGACUUUUCAACCAAAGCCUUUGUGGUGACAGAAGGCUGUUGGGGCACCUUCCAAUACUAUGCAUCCGAUCCAUGCACCUCUAUUCAUGAGGGAUUCAAGUUGUGCCAGGAACAGAAUUGGGAUUGCGGUGUUUUCCUGGUAAACAACGACAGCUACAUCGCCGAGGACUUGCCAUGUCGUUGUGGAGUCUCAGUUCCAAAGGCCGUUUGCUCGACCUUCGGCGAGAUGUCUUGCAACAUCACCAGGUCAUCCCCAGAGAUCAACACGAGCUGCUUGAUCCGUUCUGAUACCGGGCCCGCAACAUCCACAUCCCUUUCGGGCGGCACGGACACAUCCACAUCCGUUUCGGGCGGCACAGGCACAUCCACAUCCGUUUCGGGCGGCGCAGACGGAUCAUCCACAUCCCUUUCGGGCGGGUUGUCUUCUGCAUCGGGAGAGUGCCGAAUUUGUGGAUCGUGGUUAUGUCUACCUCUCGGACUUGUGGGGUUGCUGCUCUGA